AUGUAUACACCCUGUUAUUUAUAUAUAUAUUUAUAUUUAUAUUUAUAUUUAUAUUUAUAUUUAUAUUUAUAUUUAUAUAUAUUUUUAUUUAUUUUUAUUUAUUUAUAUUAUGUUAAAUUUUAUUAG